UGUUAAUAGUAGGGCUCCUGUAAAUCAAGAAGCAUAUUAUGGCUUUUUAAUGGACAACUUUCAGCUUACUCGGGCAGAAGAAGAUUGUUUUCAAGAGCAAGUGAGAAAUACUCUGAAUAAUAACUUCUAUCCACGGCCACAUCCACAAAAUAACUUCUAUCCACGGCCACAUCCACAAAAUAACUUCUAUCCACGGCCACAUCCACAAAAUAACUUCUAUCCACGGCCACAUCCACAAAAUAACUUCUAUCCACGGCCACAUCCACAAAAUAACUUCUAUCCACAUCCACAGCCACAAAACAACUUCAUCUAUCCACAUCCACAGCCACAAAAUAACUAUUUUAAUCUAUACUCACCAGAGGAGUGCUUUAGAAAAGUGAAUUAUGGCUUUGUUAAUCUGCCUUUCACAACGCAAUCAAACCAUCAUGCCUGCAGUAUUUGCUCUCACUUCUAAAAGCUCAACAACUUCACCAGAAAGUGAAGCCAAAUCAGUCUUAGCAUUUUGAGAAUUGGAGCCUCUUCCCCAGCACCUCUAUAAGAAUCCCAGCAGAUCCUGAACUUCAGAACAGACCCAUUUUCACAGCAUUGCACAAACCAGUGAAGAUUUUUGUCUAAAUGGAGAUUUCUAAUAGGUUAUCAUUUCAAAUUUGAUGGCUCAUAAGAUGAUAGUGUCAUGGAUUCAGAACCAGAAGUAUGUGUCAACCCAUCAAUAUCAGUUGAGAAGUUUUGCUUAGCUCACCGUCUUGGAGAAGAAUGAAUCAUUUUUCAAGCUCUGGUUCAGUCCAUUUCUUCCUCCAUUUCAGAGGCUGCUGAAUUCCAGCUCCAGUUUCCAACGUGGUCUCACAAGACAAUCUUCUCAGUCCACACCAGCCCUCAAUCCUCUAUGUCUCUCAUUUCACCUGCUUUACAAUAAAUUUUGUUGUCUUGUGAUGCUU